UUUAAGACCGGCGCCACUUUGUCAUCAAUGUUGUCCACAGUGAUUGUUUAAACUUUUUCAUGAAAUAUUCUAAUUAAACAUUUAUUGUGACUUUGUUUUGUGUUGAGUGGCUAAAUCUUAGGGGCUAGGUGUUUUUUAUUUGCAGUAGAACGUUGCCUACAGCAUUUUCUGACCUUCGAAAUAUCCCAAAUUGUCGCCAUUUUGACCAUGCAAGUUAAUUUGUUGUAGUUUAUUUAAGUGUUUUACACAUAAUUAUCACCAUAUAAACGUAAAUGGAUACCUUAUUGCAUGGAGUAUUGCGAAAAUGUCACAGAAAAGUAGUAUAGUAAAUUUUGUAAUACAUGACGCUAAUGGAAAGCCUCAAAUGGUUAAGGUAGUGCAAAACCCUAACAGUCAACCCCUUACCGAAAUAAAAAUCAAACAAACCCCUGUGAAAAUUUACAAGUUAGCUCAACCAGUAGAAGGAAACAUUAAGCCUCAAGCAUAUCAACCUAUUAAACUGACUGGCAUUAAAUGUACAUCAGAGCAAUUAGAAGAAUCUCUUACUUUUUCUACACCACAAGAAGUUGCUACAUGUGUUGAGCCUGAAACAAAAUUGAAUAAAUCAUUGAUAAAAGUACAAAAUCCUUUUACUGAAGUAAACUUAGAAUUUGUACCUAAAUUAGUUCCAAUUGUACGUAAAGGUGAAUUAACAACAGAUAGCAAACAAAGUGAAGCUUUAAGUAUGUCUCAUGCAUCUCGGAGAAGACAUGAUUCAGAUAAUGAUGCCCCAACAGAAUACACAACUAAAAGGCGUAAGCAUGCAGACAAAGUUGGAAAAGGAUUAAGGCAUUUUUCAAUGAAGGUUUGUGAAAAAGUCAGAAAUAAGGGUUUUACUUCAUACAAUGAAGUUGCUGAUGAACUUGUCCUUGAAUUCGCAACUGGAAUACAUGGAUCAUCCGAUAGCCAACAAUAUGACCAAAAGAAUAUUCGACGAAGAGUUUAUGAUGCGUUAAAUGUUUUAAUGGCAAUGAAUAUAAUUUCAAAAGACAAAAAAGAAAUAAGGUGGCUGGGUCUACCAACUAAUUCGUUACAAGAAUGUACAGCUCUUGAAAAGGAAAAGCAAACAAAAUUGGAACAAAUUCAAAAGAAAACACAACAGUUACAGGAACUUAUAUUACAGCAUAUAUCAUUUAAAGGUUUAAUAGAAAGGAAUAAAGAAGCAGAAAAUAAAGGCAUAAAACCGUCAGCAUCAUCAGCAAUACAUUUACCAUUUAUUGUUGUAAAUACAAGUGAUAAAGCACUUAUUGAUUGUAGUAUCUCUAAUGAUAAGACAGAGUAUAUGUUUAAUUUUAAUAAGAGGUUCCAGAUACAUGACGACAUAGACAUAUUAAAAAGGAUGGGUCUUUUAUUUGGUUUAGAUAAAGGAGAAUGUUCAGAAGAAGAUAUUGAAAAAGCGAAAAGUAUGGUUCCCAAAUCGUUAGAAUGUUAUGUUGAACAAAUGGCAAGAGGGCUCAGCAAUAACCUUUCAGAUAUUCUCGAUGAGGAAUAUUUAGAAGAAGGCGUGGAUGAUGAAACGUUAGGUGAAGCAGAUGUUGAUGAUGAUCAGGAAGCUGAUGCUAAUGAAUACAGUGAAGACAGUAGUGACGUUGAUGUUUAACAAAGUACUGUUGUUAUAUUUGGUCUGGGAUUUAGUUCAACAAUAUAUAAUUUUGAAUCAAAAUGCACUUUUAAGUGCAGAAUUAUAUUACAGUUAAAUUUCAUAUUGUACUUUAACAUAAUAUAGGUGUGGAAUUUAUCAUUUUGAUAAAAAAUAUUUAUUUGUCUUAUAAAUAAUAAUAACCAGUCAUAAAAGCAAUAAAAAUUAUAUUUGUUAUGUUAUCCAAGUCCAAAUGUUUGAAUUAGAUUUAUUUAAUAUGCAUCUGCAUUAUAUGUCAACUGCAUUUUUAAUUUUUUAUUUAAAAGUCUUAAUAACAUCAUUGGGAAAAAGUUCCCAAAACAAAUAUAAAUUUAUAAUGAUUAUUUUUAUUUCAACAGGCUUCACAUAAUCACAUCAAUAUUUAGGAAUUCCAAUAAUGAAUUUACUACGGCUACUACUAAGAAUACAAAGAGGUAGAAGCGGCAUACGCGUAAACACACGUUCCGUUUGAAGUCAGCUAAUUUCGCUUCGUUGUGUUUAGUCUGUCACGUUGCUAACUCUUUUCGGCUAAUGGUAUAAAUGUAUAUUCUAUCUUUGUCUAACGCGGAACGGCUUUAACUGCUAGCUUGUUCGCAUAUAUACCGCUUCUACGUCAGUUUAUUUAUGUAUUCUUUACGAUAAAUCGCGCCAGCCAAUAAUAGAACGUAACAAGAAUCAAUUUAAAAUAAAACCCUGGGCUGGUCGUUUCGAUGUCCAUCGUUUUAGUGUUGGUGUUUAAUUAUAAUAAUCAGAUUAAGCCUUAACCUCUUGCAUACAAUGUAUGACUGUUUGCAUUCAUUUGCAGAAGAAUUAUAUGCCUCCCAUACUUUUGCGAUUUUUUGUGAAUGUAUAAGUGUGAUGUUAAUUGGUCCUAGAUUUUGAAAUCUUCCGUUUCUUGAUAAUAUUUCUCGACAGCCUCUACAGAAACGCCCUUUCUAGCCAAAGGCCUUGACAUAUUUUUUUGCUCAUUUCUUUCCACGUUCACUACUAGGCGUGAUUAAUCGUAUGAUGACAAUUAUUAACUUGAAGACUAAAUUACUUA